AUGGGCAAGUGCUGUGGGCUUCGGCCAGCCAAGAAGCUGGGCAGUCAUCGCCGAGACCAGAAAUGGCAUGACAAACAAUACAAGAAGGCACAUCUGGGUACUGCUUUGAAAGCCAACCCUUUUGGGGGAGCUUCCCAUGCCAAAGGAAUUGUCCUGGGGAAAGUUGGUGUUGAAGCUAAGCAGCCAAAUUCUGCCAUCAGGAAGUGUGUCAGAGUUCAGCUCAUCAAGAACAGAAGGAAAAUAACAGCCUUUGUUCCUCAUGAUGGUUAUCUGAACUUCACUGAGGAAAAUGAUGAAGUCCUGGUUGAUGGGUUUGGUCGAAAAGGGCAUGCUGUAAUUUCACAGCAAAAUUCUCUCUUGUACAAAUUGGGUUGUUUUAACUUUUACAUGGCUUUUCUUACUGGUCCUGUACAAGUGUGGUUUCUAAUUGGACUGUAUAUGAUUGCAGCCUCAGUUGCAGAAGAAUUUGGUUCCAUUCUGAACCACAGAAAUGAAAGCGGUAUAAAGGAAUGUCUACAUAUUAGCGACACUUUAAAAUUCAUUGAGUCAGUUCUUUAA